AUGUCUCACCAGGUGGUGGCAGCCACCAACUGGGCUGACAUCCUAGACCCGGCUCUCAUGCGCUCGGGGCGGCUGGGCAGGAAGAUUGAGUUCCCUCACCCCACUGAGGAGGCCCGAGCUCGCAUUCUGCAGGUGAGGGGAUGUCAGAUCCAUUCACGGAAAACGAACGUUCACCCGGAUGUGAACUUUGAGGAGCUAGCGCGGUCAACAGACGAUUUCAAUGGUGCUCAACUCAAGGCCGUCUGUGUAGAGGCCGGCAUGCUUGCCCUGCGCCGCGAUGCCACUGAGGUGACACACAAAGACUUUAAUGAAGGAAUCAUUCAAGGGCAGGCCAAGAAGAAGGCUAGCCUUAACUACUACGCAUAA